AAAGCUCGAAGCGAAGCGGAUUAAUCCAUCCGGGCACCGAAAUGACGUGAUCCCCAUUCCAUUCACCCUCGUCACGGCACCUGCCGCCGCGGCCGCGUGCCGCCCUUGAAAAAUCCCACCACCUUCCUCGCCCUCCUCCACUCAUCAUUCUCAUUCCUGCCCUGCCCCCCGACACUCUGCUCUACUCCCCCACUCCACUCCCCCCCAGCCCUCUCACCGCCAGCACAAUGCAGCCGCCUACCUUUCUCCCGCUCGCCGCCGCCGUCGUCGCCGUCCUCCUACUCGCCGUCGCCCCGACACCCGCCGUCUCCCGCCACCACCGCUCGUCCGCCGACACGGAGACGCUCGAUGUAGCCGCCUCACUCUCCCUCGCCCGCGCCGCGCUCUCCACCGACGCCGCCGUCUCGCUGCACCAGUCCGCCGCCGCCGCCGAGGCGAAGCGCUCUUCACGGGAGAGCGGCGGAGGAGGUAGUCUCACGCUGCGGCUCCACUCCCGGGACUUCCUGCCGGAGGCGCAGCAGCGGCACGCGACGUACCGGUCCCUGGUGCAAUCCCGCCUCCGCCGCGACUCGGCGCGCGCCGCGGCGCUGUCGGCCCGCGCGACGCUGGCGGCGGACGGGGUGACCCGUCAGGACCUUCGCCCCGCGAACGAGUCGGCGGUCUUCGGGGCGUCCUUGGCGGCGGCGAUCCAGGGCCCCGUGGUGUCGGGCGUCGGGCAGGGCAGCGGGGAGUACUUCUCCCGCGUGGGCAUCGGCAGCCCCGCGCGGGAGCUGUACAUGGUGCUGGACACCGGCAGCGACGUCACCUGGGUGCAGUGCCAGCCCUGCGCCGACUGCUACCAGCAGUCGGACCCGGUGUUCGACCCGUCGCUCUCCGCCUCCUACGCCGCCGUCUCCUGCGACUCCCCGCGGUGCCGUGACCUCGACACCGCGGCGUGCCGCAACGCCACGGGCGCGUGCCUCUACGAGGUGGCCUACGGCGACGGAUCCUACACCGUGGGCGACUUCGCCACCGAGACGCUGACGCUCGGGGACUCCACCCCCGUCACCAACGUCGCCAUCGGGUGCGGCCACGACAACGAAGGUCUCUUCGUCGGCGCCGCGGGGCUGCUAGCGCUGGGAGGCGGCCCGCUCUCGUUCCCGUCCCAGAUCUCCGCGUCCACCUUCUCCUACUGCCUCGUCGACCGCGACUCCCCCGCCGCGUCCACGCUCCAGUUCGGCGCCGACGGCGCCGAGGCGGACACCGUGACGGCGCCACUCGUGCGCAGCCCGCGGACGGGCACCUUCUACUACGUGGCGCUGUCGGGGAUCUCGGUCGGCGGGCAGGCGCUGUCCAUCCCGUCGUCGGCCUUCGCCAUGGACGCCACGUCGGGAUCGGGAGGCGUCAUCGUGGACUCCGGCACCGCGGUCACGCGUCUCCAGUCCUCGGCCUACGCGGCGCUCCGCGACGCCUUCGUCCGCGGCACGCCGUCGCUGCCGCGGACCUCCGGGGUGUCGCUGUUCGACACGUGCUACGACCUGUCGGACCGGACCAGCGUGGAGGUGCCCGCGGUGUCGCUCCGGUUCGAGGGCGGCGGCGCGCUGCGGCUUCCCGCGAAGAACUACCUCAUCCCCGUGGACGGUGCCGGGACCUACUGCCUGGCGUUCGCGCCGACGAACGCCGCCGUGUCCAUCAUCGGGAACGUGCAGCAGCAGGGCACCCGCGUCAGCUUCGACACCGCCAAGGGCGUCGUCGGCUUCACCCCGAACAAGUGCUAGCCUUGCCUGCGUUCUGCGUUGUGUGUGCUUCUGGCUGGCUAACCGCCUUGUUAGCCACGGUGGUAGUACUGUAAUGACUAGCGGGUGUUUAAUUAGCGGGAGAGUGAUUAGAGUGGGGGUAAGUAAUUAAGCGGUGGGCCCUGCCGUGUCUGGUCUGGGGAGGAGCGAAAGGCAAAGGCGGCUGCCAGCCUGUUUGGCGCGGCGCGGGUGGGUCCAGUUGUGUCUCUCUUUCCCUCGCGGUCUCGGUCUUUGAGUAUGGAUGGGUGUGCGUGGGUGGAGCCGUGUCAUGACGAAAUUAUGUCAUGGGGCUCCAAGUUUAGAGUAUUUAUUUUAACUUUAUAAUUAUGUCAAGAAAAAAUGGAAGUUUCCAUCCCGCGGAAACGAUCAGAUAUGCUUGAAUGUUAGUACUAAUUUGAAUUUGAUGGUA